AUGCUCGCUCGAGCAAGAUUGUCGGGAAAAAGACUUGACCCCAGACUUUUCCAAACUCGCCAUGCAGCCGGUCUUGCCGCAAAAGCUCUCGCUCGAUUUUUACGACUCAGAUAUCUCAUUUUUGGUGCUGGUGUAGGAGGAGCUUAUACCGUUAACCAGAAAUAUGAAGACUGGAAAAAUGGCCUCCCAAAUUUUGGGUAUUUAAAAAAUUAUCUUCCAAAAGAAUCGGAUGUUCAGUCACUAAUGGAUGUCUUAAAGACUGCCUUAGUAGGAAUUCCACGGGAAACUCCGGUAGGUACCUGGAGUUACUCCUCUAAGAAAUUUUGUAAGCCUGUCCAAGCUGAACAAACCCAGCAAGAAGGGCCCUCGACUGAUAUUAAGUUCGAUGCCCCUGAUGAACAUAAAAUAACAUCGGAGGAACUUGAAAAGUUGCGUAAAGAGAAAGAUCAGACUAUUGAGGAUCUAAGGAGUGAAUUAAUUAAGAUCAAGCUUCAAUACCAAAAAGCUCUUAACGAUCUAAAAACUGAAAAUAAAAACCUCAGGAACCAACUCAUUCUCAAAUACCAGAAGACUUCUCAACCAGAUCGAAUUAAGAAAACCCUAAUUGAUAUGUACUCUGAAGUUCUUGAUGAACUUUCUCAACUAGACACAGAUUACAAUGUGCAGGAUCAUUUGCCAAGAGUGGUGGUAGUUGGAGAUCAGAGUUCGGGCAAGACGUCCGUGUUGGAAAUGAUUGCCCAGGCUCGAAUAUUCCCCAGGGGUUCUGGUGAAAUGAUGACAAGGUCACCGGUCAAGGUCACUCUUUCUGAAGGCCCCUAUCAUGUGGCUUCGUUCCGAGAUAGUCCAAAGGAGUAUGACUUGACUAAUGAGGCGGAACUUGCGAGUCUGAGGAAUGAAAUAGAGCAUCGAAUGAAAAGUCUCGUUUCCGAUGGAAAGACCAUUAGCACCGAAGUGAUAUCCCUAAGUGUCAAGGGCCCAGGCCUUCAACGUAUGGUUCUUGUCGACUUGCCUGGAAUAAUUUCCACACAAACUACGGGAAUGGAACGUGGAACACGGGAAAGUAUUCGCAAGUUGGCCAAACAGUACAUGGAUAAUCCUAAUGCUAUUAUUCUAUGCAUUCAAGAUGGAAGUAUUGAUGCAGAGCGAAGCAAUGUAACUGACCUUGUGACAUCGGUUGAUCCCCAAGGAAAGAGAACGAUAUUUGUUCUAACCAAGGUUGAUCUUGCGGAAGCUAAUCUCUAUAACCCUAACAGGAUUCGAGAAAUUCUUGAGGGUCGUCUGUUUCCCAUGAAGGCUCUGGGUUACUUUGCCGUGGUGACCGGAAAAGGCUCGAAAGACGAGAGUAUUGAAGCAAUAAAGGAAUAUGAGGCGGAAUUCUUCCGUAAAUCCCGUCUUUUUCGAGAGGGAGCUCUCAAAUUAGCCCAAAUGACUACUGAGAACAUGAGCAAAGCCGUAUCUGAGCGGUUUUGGAAGAUGGUCAAAGACUCUGUGGAACAGGAGGCGGACACUUACAGAGCCAUCCGUUAUAACCUGGAGACGGAAUGGAAGAACACCUUUCCCCAUGUUCGUGAAAUGGACCGAGAGGAGUUGUUUGAUAAGGGACGCAACGAAAUUCUGGAUAAUCUUGUUAGUCUGAGUACGAUUCCCUCAGUGACGUGGGAGAAAAAGAUUAAGGAGCGUCUGUGGCAAAAACUUCAGGGCUACGUGUUUGACAAUAUCCUUGAACCGGCCCAAUUGAAGAGUAAUCUUGGUUCCUACCAAACAUUUGUGGAUGUGGUGCUUCGUGACUGGUCGCAGCAUGAGUUGCCCCAACUUUGUGUUCAAGUGGGCUGGGAAGUGCUCUACGACGAAUUGGAACGCGCUGCAAAGGAAGCGGAGAACUCGCGUGGCUACGAUCACAUCUUUGACAAAGUCAAAAAGGAGGUCAUUUCUCAAACAAGAAAUCGACAUCAAUGGGACUCCAAGGCUAUUUCACGAUUGAGAGUGAUCCAGGGCACAACGCUGGAGGAUCACACGGUGCAUACCAAGGCGCAGUGGGAUGCAGCGGUGAAUUUCCUUGAGGGCUCCCUCCACUCGCGUAUUAAAGAGGUGAACCAACUCAUUUUCGAUUUGCGCGGACCUGGCCUCCUCUCAAGGUGGGUGCAUUGGACCAAUCAAACUGAUGAACAGCGCAAACGGAUUGCCACAAUUGACGAAAUUCUUCCCAUUCUUGCCUCCCAGCAGCGACCGAGCAUAGAGAUGUCUAAUGACGACGUCACUACUGUCCGUAGGAACCUUCAAGCCAAGCGGUUUGCUGUUUCAAAUAAGUUUAUUCGCAAAACCUACGAGCCCCUAAUGAAACAAGCCAACCUUACCCAAGCUCUCAGUGUGUGUCAGUACUGUCGCAAGUGCUUCUACUUCUAUCAACAGGGCUUCAUGGCACUGUUGAGUGAAGAGGAAGGAGGUUACCAACCCAACACUGGUGAUAGAGGCAUUUCUGAAUCCCCUACUUCCUCACAACGCUCCAAUGGCGAAGCUACUGCCUCCAGGGGUCCUGUGCGAGGUUCUGGAAAAGCGGCCCAUGAAGACGCGAGCCAUUCACAUGAUAGCGGUGAAGAUGACGGCGAAAGAGGCGGCAGGCAUGGUGAUGGUAUUGGAAGUCGGUCGGGAGUGAACACAGGAGAACGUAACUCGAAUUCUGGGUCGGCAGGAGGGGACUAUAUUGAUUGUCGUGAUGUGGUACUCUUCUCAAGAAUUCUACGCAUGAUUGAGGCCUCGAGUAACUCGCUUAGACAACAAUUAGUCAAUAACGAAAUUCGUCGAAUGGAACAGCAAGUGAAGGUUGUGCUGAACGAAAUCUCCGAGGAUCCUAUUCGUCUUGGAAUUCUUCUCACUGGCAAGCGCGUUCAAUUAGCUGAAGAUUUAAAACGAACACGACAUAUUCAAGAGAAGUUGGAGGAAUUUAUAGCCGCUCUUAACAGUAGCGAUUGA